CUAUGACCUCAAAUUAAGGCGCGUGGCUGCGACGUCAAAUCAGUUGAACAUGAGUCGUGUCGUGACCGCCCUAGACUGAUUGAAAAGAAUUUGACGCCCAUUCGAUUGGAAUCAAAAUAAAAUUAAGGCAUCAGGAUGUCGGAAGACAUGACCCAGAAAAUGUUACGGGCAGUUCUGCAGUCCAAUAAAAACGGCGUGUCCAUCACGCGGCUACAGUCAGACUUCAAGUCAUUAACGGGCGAGUUCAUCCAGCACAGGCAGAGGGGAUACCCGUCCCUGGAGGCCUACCUUCGAACCAUGCCCUCGGUGGCGCGGUUGGAGAACCGAAUGGGGGAGGUCAUGUGCUUUGCGGGGGUUUGUGAAGAAACUGCCCACAUCGCCCAGCUUGUUGCUAGGCAGAAAAGCUCCAAAAAGUGUGGAAGGUCUCAGAUGGUGAACUGCAGAAUGAGGUCCAAUCUCUCCUCGCAGUUCAUGUUCAGCGAAACGAGGAGGAUACUAAGACUCGCCCCGGCUCCUCUCCUCCAUCCAGACAAGUCCCGCCUGCGUCAGCCUGCCCAGCGGGGUCACCCUGGGUGGGGCAUGGCAAGGCAGACUCGGCCCCGGGGCUACGGAGGGUGCAGCAUCGGAGGGGACUACAGGCUGAACGAUAACCGGUUCACCUCCAACACCCCUCUGCAGCACAGGGCCCCCUCCGCCCACGCCUCCACCCCUGCCCCCGCCUCGGUGCAGAUGAAAGCGGCCACGCCGUAUGAAAGGAGAGUGAUUUAUGCUCCCAGACAACACAAGGUUAAUGGUCCUGUGCUAACUGUCAACAUACUGAAUCAUGCUGCUCUGCCUGCUCCCUCCACCAAGCCCACCCCCCCUUCCUCCUCCAUCCCUCCCUCCAGACAGGGCCCCUCCCUGGGAUGUGUGUACAACCUCUCCCAGGUUCAGGGCAGACUGAAGCAGCUGCUGGCCAAGUACAGCAGCGGUCUGUGGCUGUCCAAGCUGCCCUCGGUCUACAGAGACAUGUUCUGUCAGGACCUGCCUGGACAGGCCCUCAUAGACAUGGAGAAAUGGACCAGUGUAUGCUUGGUGGAGAAGCCAUGCAGCACCAACCGAGCGGACCGACUGGUCUAUCCCCCGACCCCCAAGCCCAAACCCUCCACCUCUACCUCCUCCUCCACCCCAUUCAACCCUGGCUUUAACUUCUCUAAAGCGGCUGCAGCCAAGAUCACCUUCAUUCCGACCUUCAACCCCCGCUACACGUUCACAGCCAAACAUGGCAGCCCAGACCUCGCCUCCCCCACCCCCUCCAGACCCAUAGUGGCCCCCUCCCCAGCCAGACCAGCCCCCCCACUCCACAUCAAGGCUGUUGGGUCCCCCCCUCUUGCCCAGCCCCUCUCCUCCCCCACCACCACCCCCUCCUCUCUACGUAACACCUCCCUCUCCACCCCCUCCUCCCUACGCAACUCUUCCCUGUCCUCCUCCCCCACCACCACCCCCUCCUCCCUGCGUAACACCUCCUGCUCCUCCCCCACCACCACCCCCUCCUCCCUGCGUAACACCUCCUGCUCCUCCCCCACCACCACCCCCUCCUCCCUGCGUAACACCUCCUGCUCCUCCCCCACCACCACCCCCUCCUCCCUGCGUAACACCUCCUGCUCCUCCCCCACCACCACCCCCUCCUCCCUGCGUAACACCUCCUGCUCCUCCCCCACCACCACCCCCUCCUCCCUGCGUAACACCUCCUGCUCCUCCCCCACCACCACCCCCUCCUCCCUGCGUAACUCUUCCCUCUCCUCCCCCACCACCCCCUCCCCCCUACGGACCCUCUCUCCCCUGUCCUCCCGCCCGCUCCCCCCUGCGUUGUCCGUGCCGGCGGAUGUGCGCUCCAAGCUGAAGGAGCUGCUGUCUAAGUACCCCCACGGCCUAUGGGCCCACGCUCUUUCCUCGCUGUUCCUGGAGACCUACAAGACGCCCUUCCCAGAAGGCGUCCUGAACAACCUCUCGGUCCUGCUGGACAUCUGCACUGUCGAGUUCCCCAUGCCCAACAACAAGAACAAGGCCAUCCUGUACGGCCCCCGCAUGCAGCCCACCACCAAGUCCCCUCCCCCCCCGUCCGGGCUUCCGGUGUGCCCCUCCCUGGUGCCUCCCCUGGAGCCCCCCAGGGAGCUGUUCCCCUCCGUCCUGGUGAUGGACACCGGCGACGCCAGCGCUGUCACGCUCAGGUAUGUAGGAGAGAGCUACUCUCAGGCCCUGGAAGACAUGGAGGAUGCCAUGAAGCUGUUCUACAGACAGGCCAGCAACCAGCUCCCGGUACCGGCCCCCGUUACCGGCCAGCUGGCCACCGUCUGGGUUGAAGACGAGGACGAGGUGGUCCGAGUCCAGGUCACAGAGGUCAUGGUGGAGAAGGAUGAGGUCAAGGUGUACUAUGUGGAUCAUGGUUUCUCUGAGGUGAUCCUUAGGACCCAGCUGAUGGAGCUGCAGCAGGACUUCCUCAAGCUGCCCCUCCAGGCCACCAACUGCAGACUGGCUGGCGUGGAAGCGUUCGGCGUGUCUCCCGUGGUGGUGAGGACCCUGGAGAGCCUGACUCUGGAGAAGAUCCUGCUGCUGGAGGUGCUGGAGCGCCCGGAGCAAGAGCUCCCCCUGGUGGUGCUGUACAACACCUCUCUGGACCAGGACCUCAACAUCAACGCCUGCUGCCUGCACGCGCUGCACGACACCUCCAUGAGCAGCACGCUGCAGGAGUCCACAACGUUCGAGGAUGUGCUGGUGACCAACGUGUACACCGAUGGGACCGUGUUCUGCCAGGUGCCCUCCAGGGGGCGCCGCAAGCUCCAGGAGCUGCUGGAGAAGAUAGAGGCCUUCUUCGUCACCCAGGUGACAUCAGAGUGCCUGGUGUCGCGGCCGUUUAGUGGGAAGGUGUGUCUGGCUCGUUACCAAGGGAACUGGUCCCGUGCGGAGAUCACCAUGCUGCACGGCAGCAAAGUGAUGGACAUCCUGUUUAUUGACCUUGGAGUUCCGGCCUCCGUGGAGAUCACAGAGCUUAGAGAGAUCCCUCCCCCCCUCCUCCACGACCUGCUGGUCAUCCCCCCCCAGGCCAUCAAGUGCUGUCUGGCAGACGUGCCAACGAGCGUCUGGACCCAAGAGGCUGUGGUGUGGCUGAAGAAUGCUGUCCUGCCCUCCAUCAGCUGCAGCAUGACGAUCUCCAAGGUGGACUCCAACAGGGUGGUUCACAUGUCGCUCUUCAACACGCCUGCCCCACACUCCCCCUCCUGCAGCCUGAACCACCAGAUGGCGCUGGCCGGUCUCUGGAAACCCCCCAGUCAGGGCCCCGCUCGCCCCAGCCCCCCGCCGACCUCCGACCCUCACCUCGACCUCUCAGACUUGAUGGGCCAGCUGUCUCUGAGCACCGCUGUUGGCAGCCCCCUGGCCCAGCCAAUGUCCCCACCACAGGCCCAAAGUGAAGCAGGGGGCACGCCUACGAGGAGCGACCCCGCUCUGGAGCCCCUGGCUGGGGGGGUGACUCUCCCGCUUCCCCCUCUCAUGGAGCUCCCAAAGGCACAUGAGAGCAUGGAUGUGUUUGUACCUGUGGCCUGCCACCCAGACUACUUUGUGGUGCAGUCAUGGCAGGACAUGUUCAAGCUGGUUGUGCUGAUGGGAGAGAUGAUCCUCUAUUACAACAAUCUGGAGGGUGAUGAGGUGCCUGUGUGCGUCGGGGAGGUCUACGCCGCCAAAGUAGAGAACAACUGGCACCGUGUGCUGGUGAAGGGCAUGCUGACCAACGGGCUGGUGUCUGUGUACGAGCUGGACUACGGCAAGCAUGAGCUGGUGAGCUGCAUCCUGCUGAGGACACUCAUAGAGGAGUUCAGACAGCUGCCCUUCCAGGCCAUAACGGCACAACUGGCGGGGGUGGACCAGCACACCUGGUCCGAGGCAGCCUCCAUCGUGUUCCGUAACCACGUGGAGAAGCGUCCCCUGGUGGCGCAAGUGGAGUCCGUACAGGAAGCUCCCCUGCCCUGGGACAGGAAGCUGACCCUGUACCUGGUAGACACAUCCCGGGUCGACGCCGAUGUUUGGGUCCACAACAUCAUGGCUGACUUUGCAGAGGAGUUCACUACUGCCGCCUAGUGGCCAGGAGGAGAGGAGGGUCGCAGCUUUCAAAGCUCUUAAAUUACCCAGAACACCCCAACGUUGCCCUUAUUUUUUUUGUAGAUGCCAAAGUCCACUAAGGGCUAUGUCUGUGGUGCGAUUUAAGAUGUAGCUGAAUAUAAUUGCUUGCAGGGAGGGGGGAGGGGUGGUACAGUGCACUUCUGUCGCUAUGUGAAAAGAGAGAAAAAAGCGAGUGAGGUCAAAAAUGCCAUUCUGAAAAGUAAUCGUGAUGAUGCCGCAGAUUUUUAAUGCAUGUUUAUGUGUGUGUGUGCGUGCGUGCGUGGAAA